UUUUAAUGGAAUGGCUUUAUUUUUUAUUGCAGUCAUGUGUAGAUGUUGAUGUAAUGUCAGGACAGUUUGACCCGUCCAACUACAUCCUUCCCCAGCAGCCCCUACACAAGUGUAUGUUCCCUCAGGCCUCCAGUUACACCACCUUCCAUACGACCACCAACCCCUACAACUGUAGUGUGGAUGGUGUUAGCAUAAUUGGUACUUCUGGUCAGCCAACACAUGACAUAAUUAAAUAUAGUACCAAUGAUGAUCCCGUGGAUAUUUUGGAAAAAUGUUUAAGUUGGGGACAUCUCGCUCCUACUGCUCCUGACACACUAGGCUGCUAUCCAUACUACGGAAAAGAUCCAUUUAUAUUAGAAGAAUGUCCUCAUAUUUAUUUUGCUGGCAACCAGUCAUCUUAUGGCUGCAAACUUCAUAAAGGUCCCACUGGUCAGGAGGUAUUGCUUGUCAGCGUCCCGAGGUUUUGCCAGACCAGCACGUGCGUUCUCAUAAACCUGAAAACCCUGGAGUGUCAGGCUGUAGAAUUUAGCACAGACUUUCCUGAGCCAGCAAAGGAGAGUCCUGAUGUGGAUAAAUGAUGUUGGUAACAAGCAGGAAAACAGACCUUUGUCAUACAUACCUCACACAUUGUACUAUUCUGAUGUAGAUAAAUGAUGUUGGUAACAAGCAGGAAAACAGACCUUUGUCAUACAUACCUCACACAUUGUACUAUUCUGAUGUAGAUAAAUGAUGUUGGUAACAAGCAGGAAAACAGACCGUUGUCAUACAUACCUCACACAUCGUACUAUUCUGAUGUGAAUAUAAAAUGUCCAUAAUGCAAGCAAACAUCAGCCACCAUAAAGCUGGAGUCUAAUGCUGGGAUUUUGCAGUCGGGUCAGACGAUGAACGAGGAAUUCACUUCUUACGACCCAUUGUCACAACAUAUAGGUUCCGAGUGUGUUGUUUUGACUGUAUGAUGUGUACCAAACAUUACAAAGACCAAGACAGUGUGAGAAAUCUUAAAAUUCUGGGAUUUCUGUUUCAUGGUUUCCUUGCUGGUCUGUUGGACGAGAAAUAAUUGUGUGAAGGUCCUUUAGUACCUGUAUACAAGUACCAUGUGAAGUAUCUACUACAUAGAUGUAUUGAUGUACAACAUAUACAUGAUAUGUAUAACAUGCUGGCAGUGCUGUGAUUUUGCCAGUUACUUGCACCAAAAUGAAGAAAUGCAAUUAUUUAUGAAUAUUGUGCAUAUUCUUGUUGAGAGAUAAAAGUCAAAAUCAGAAGUA